CACUUCAUCCCGGAACUAGGUUGGUGUCCGUUGUUGUGAGUGUCGUCUCUGCUCGACCGGGGUGGCUGGCGGUUUUGUCGCCACCAUGGCCAGCCCAGACCCUCGGUACUCCUCCUUCUCCAUCGAGGAUGACUUCAACUAUGGCAGCUGCGUGGCCUCUGCCAGCGUGCACAUCCGAAUGGACUUUCUAAGAAAAGUCUAUAGCAUCCUUUCUCUGCAAGUUUUCUUAACUACAAUGACAUGCACAGUUUCUUUAUACUUUGAGUCUAUACGGACAUUUAUACAUGAAAGUCCUGCCUUAAUUUUGGUGUUUGCCCUUGGAAGUUUGGGUUUGAUUUUAGCAUUGACUCUGAACAGACAUAAGCAUCCCCUUAACCUGUACCUGCUUUUUGGAUUUACACUGCUGGAAGCUCUGACUGUGGCCAUUGUUGUCACUUUCUAUGAUGUAUACAUUAUUCUACAAGCUUUUAUACUGACUACUGCAGUAUUUCUUGGUUUAACUGCAUAUACUCUACAAUCUAAGAGAGAUUUUAGCAAAUUUGGAGCAGGACUAUUUGCUGUUUUGUGGAUUUUGUGCUUAUCAGGAUUCUUGAAGUUAUUUUUUUAUAGUGAGACAGUGGAGCUGGUUUUGGCUGCUGGGGGAGCCCUUCUUUUCUGUGGAUUCAUCAUCUAUGACACUCACUCACUGAUGCAUAGGCUAUCACCUGAAGAGUAUAUAUUGGCUACCAUCAGCCUUUACUUGGAUAUCAUCAAUCUGUUCCUGCACCUGUUGCGUUUAUUGGAAGCAGUUAAUAAAAAGUGAUUGAAAGCAAUGUAUAGAAACUGUUUUAUUCAGUAUUAAAAUUCGAGAUAUAAUUAAAUAUUAAAUAAUCUGUACUCUACUUUGGAGGUUAAAUAUCAAAAUUCUGUUAUUUUCUUCAAUCUAAAUUUGCCAUACGUAGAUUGCGCAUUUGCAAUUCCAAAAUAAUUUCAUGAGUAGAUUAGAUUAAGAAUAUCUGUUUAUCUUUGUCUAAUAAAUUUUUCCUUAAUGAUAGAUUUUUAUUAUGAUUCUAAAAUACUAGUGUCUUUACUAUUAUAAAAUGUAAAUCUCCUUUUACUAGAUUUUUUAAUCUUAUUUGGAAAAAAAAAUUCCUAGAUAAUUAUUCAGCACAGUAUUAAAAUUGUAGUAAAAUGUUAAUGGCAUUUCAUUAUAAAAUAAUGUAUUAAAAAUUAAAGGUCUGCUUUAAAGUCAGAUAUUAUGACAUAAAAUUUGAUUUUAAUUUUUUUUUAAGUACAGGUUUCACUUUUAAAAUCAUAACCUUCUCAUGUAGUUAGAGGACCCCAAAAAUACUCAUUUAUCAUUAGUAGUUAUUUAUUAGGGGCUGAGCGGUUCAUAUGUCAUUAAAUAUAUAUAUAUAUACUUCAAAAUAAAAGUGUUUGGAAAAUA